AUGAUACUAUUUACAGUGGUGUCAAAUAUCCCCUUGCUUUCUUUUCCAGAUCCGCUGCCUACGCCUCUACAAGGAAGACCAACGGAGGAUUUUGAUGAGGAGGGGUUUUGCCAGCCAUACAGAGGCAUCGCCUGUGCCCGUUUCAUCGGAAACCGCAGCAUUUUUGUCGACUCUUUGCAGAUGCAGGGUGAGAUAGAGACUCAGAUAACAGCGGCAUUCACCAUGAUCGGAACCUCCAACCAUCUUUCCGAUCGCUGCUCUCAGUUUGCCAUCCCCUCCCUCUGCCACUUUGCCUUCCCAACAUGCGACCGCAGCUCAGGAGCAGACAAACCUCGGGACCUUUGCAAGGAUGAGUGUGAGAUCCUGGAGAAUGACUUAUGCAAAACAGAGUACAUCAUCGCCCGCUCGAACCCGAUUAUACUGAAGAGACUCAAGUUGCCUAACUGUGAGGAUCUGGCCGCCACGGACAGUCUUGAGGCAGCCAACUGUCUGCGUAUAGGCAUCCCCAUGGCGGAGCCUAUUAACAAAAAUCACAAAUGUUACAAUAGCAGUGGCUCAGAGUACCGCGGCACCAUUAGUAUGACUAAGUCAGGCCGUCAGUGUCAACCGUGGAACUCCCAGUAUCCUCAUAGCCACAACUUCAUGGCUGUCCGCUACCCAGAGCUCAAUGGGGGUCAUUCAUACUGCCGCAACCCAGGAAACAAGCACGAGGCCCCAUGGUGCUUCACAUUGGAUGAGGGGGUCCGCAUGGAACUCUGUGACAUACCCAUAUGUGACCAUAAGGAGAAGUCAAGUGGUGGCAACAUGGAGAUCUUGUAUAUUCUGGUUCCGAGUGUGGCCAUCCCGUUGGCCAUUGCCUUGCUCUUCUUCUUCAUUUGCGUGUGCCGCAACAAUCAGAAGUCUGCCAGGCCACCCGCGCCUCGCCAGCCCAAACCAGUCCGAGGGCAAAACGUUGAGAUGUCCAUGCUCACAACAGCGUACAAACCAAAGAGUAAGGCCAAAGAGCUUCCCCUGUCGGCAGUGCGUUUCAUGGAAGAGCUUGGCGAGUGCUCACUGGGGAAGAUAUACAAAGGUCACCUGUACCUGCCGGGCAUGGACCAAGCACAACUGGUUGCCAUCAAGACCUUGAAGGAUGCCUCCAGUGUCCAACAGUGGAGUGAGUUCCAGAAGGAGGUGGCUGUGCUUACGGAGCUUCAGCAUCCAAACGUGGUGUGCCUCCUGGGUGUGGUGACCCAGGAGCAGCCUGUUUGUUUGCUGUUUGAGUUUCUCCCACAAGGUGACCUUCACGAGUUCCUCAUCAUGCGUUCGCCGCAUUCUGAUGUGGGCUGCAGCAGUGACGAGGACGGAACCGUUAAAUCCAGCCUGGAUCAUGGCGACUUCCUGCAUAUGGCAAUACAGGUUUCUGCUGGAAUGGAGUACUUAGCCAGUCACUUCUACAUUCAUAAAGACCUUGCAGCGCGGAACAUUCUGGUUGGUGAGCAACUCCAUGUGAAGAUAUCUGACUUGGGACUAUCCCGAGAGAUCUACUCGUCAGACUAUUACUGCAUCCAACCCAAAACCCUUUUUCCGAUUCGCUGGAUGCCUCCCGAGGCCAUCGCCUACGGAAAGUUUACCACAGACUCGGACAUCUGGUCGUUCGGAGUAGUGCUGUGGGAGGUCUUCAGCUACGGUCUGCAGCCUUAUUAUGGUUUUUCGAACCAGGAAGUCAUGGAGAUGGUGAGGAAAAGGCAGCUGCUGCCCUGUCCUGAAGACUGUCCGCCAAGGUUCUACGGUUUAAUGACCGAGUGCUGGCAGGAGGGCCCAGCACGUCGACCUCGCUUCAAGGACAUCCACGGCCGCCUACGAACCUGGGAGGGGCUGUCGUCUCACGCCAGCUCAAGCACUCCCUCUGGUGGCGGAGGCAACGCCACCACCCAGACCACCUCGCUGAGCGCCAGCCCAGUCAGCAACCUGAGCAACCCUCGUUACGCCACUGCCGCUGCUGCGGGUUAUCUCUACCCCGCACAGGGUAUACCUUCACCGGGCCAGAUGGCUCCUAUUCCAACAUGGGCCCCCAUGGCUGUGCCUCAAACACACCCGCGCUUCAUCCCUGUCAAUGGUUACCCAAUUCCACCAGGGUAUGCGGCGUUUCCCGCUCACUUCGCUCCCCCAGCUCCACCUGCACGGGUAAUCCAGCAUCACCUGCCACCUCCUAAAAGCCGCUCACCCAGCAGCGCCAGCGGCUCCACCAGCACGGGUCACGUCAGCGGUGUUCCCUCCACCACGGGCUCAAACCAUGAUGCCAACACGCCGCUGCUGUCACACUGCAUCAUGCCAGGGAACGGUGGAGGCCCGGUGCAAGUAUACGGACAGCUGACACAGAAGUCAGUGGGACAACUGGACCAUACGCAAACAUCAGCGCUGCUCACGCCUGACUCUGACAUGCUGAUGUAUAAUGACGCUGUCAUCACAGCAGACCUGUAG